CACCAAAACACCUCUAAGCAACCCAACUCUCAGCCCAGCUCCUGACACCAUGGCCUGCUGCUCCACUAGCUUCUGUGGAUUUCCCACCUGCUCCACCAGUGGGAACUGUGGCUCCAGCUGCUGCCAGCCCAGCUGCUGCCAGCCCAGCUGCUGCCAGCCCAGCUGCUGCCAGAACAGCUGCUGCCAGAACAGCUGCUGCCAGAACAGCUGCUGCCAGCCCAGCUGCUGCCAGAACAGCUGCUGCCAGCCCAGCUGCUGCCAGACCAGCUGCUGCCAGCCCAGCUGCUGCCAGAACAGCUGCUGCGGGACCGGCUGUGGCACUGGUGGCGGCCAGGAGGGUGGCUGCGGAGCCGUGAGCUGCCGCGUCAGGUGGUGCCGCCCUGACUGCCGCGUGGAGGACACCUGCCUGCCCCCCUGCUGUGUGGUGAGCUGCAUCCCCCCCACCUGCUGCCAGCUGCACCACGCCCAGGCCUCCUGCUGCCGCCCGUCCUACUGUGGACAGUCCUGCUGCCGCCCUGCCUGCUGCUGCUACUGCUGCCAGCCCAGCUGCUGCCAGCCCACCUGCUGUGAGCCCACCUGUUAAAAAGCCAGGUUGUUGAUUUCCAGUUGCCCAGGACACAGUAUCUCUGAACAGUGUAUCUCGUCAACCACCCCUGGACCACCACAAGUUCUACGAAUUCCAUUUGGGUUUUUGUAAUGGGGGCUGCCAAGUAUAUGGGCUCUACCUGAUAUCACUCUGCAAUGAAUACAUUGAUACUCCACUGAAUACAUUGAUUCCCCACUACGGACACAGAAAUGCUGCAAACAUACCAGCUGAUUAUCAAAAUGCUUUGGAUAUACUAUUUCUGAUUUUUCUUCAGGGUCUAAAAUAACUGACAUAUUGUGGAAUUAAUCCUUUAGAACUACCCACAAGUCUAAUUCUUCCCUGCCUUAUAAUCUACUUUUUGCUACAUUUAAUAACAUUUUUUCUAACAUCAAAGGCACCAGGGUACAGCCACGUGACUUUCCUCAGAUGUCGCCAGAGAGAAUGGAAGCCCUUCACCCAACAUUCAGCUUCUAAGAAGUAGGCUAGACUUUUUCAUAUUUCAACAUCUGAUUUCAUCCCUAUUUUAGAGGGGGGGGG